AUGACGACAGCACCGAAAUUCAAUUCAAGGACCGGAGCCUUCGAGGUCGCCCGUGCCUUUCCCGAUGCCGUCAAGCACAAGACCAUCAUCGUCACGGGCGUGUCGCUCAACGGGUUGGGCAUGAGCACCGCUGAAGCGCUGGCUUCACAGGCGCCGCUCCUCUUGAUCCUGACGGGCCGAUCGGCCAAGAAGGUCCAGGACGUGAUCGACGUCCUGGCACCCAAGUAUCCCGCGACCAAGUUCACCUUCCUGAACCUGGAUCUGUCGUCGAUCGCCCGCGUGCGCGACGCCGCCGCGGCGCUCCUGGCGAACCCGGACGUCAAGCAGGUCGACCUGCUCAUCUGCAACGCCGGGGUCAUGACGGUGCCCACACGCGAGCUCUCCGAGGACGGCAACGAGAUCCAGUUUGCCACCAACCACAUCGGCCAUUUCCUCUUCACCAACCUCAUCAUGGACAAGUUGAUCGCGUCCGCAAAGACAUCUCCCCGCGGGUCCACCCGAGUGGUCGUCGUGUCCUCGUCGGCCCACCACUUCUCGCCCGUGAGGUUUUCCGACCCCAAUUUCACAAAGACCCAGGCCGAGCUGCCCGAGGAGGACCGGGCCAACGCGCCCAUGUUGGAGAGCUUGAAAAUGAGCACGGAGGGGGUCUAUAGCCCCUACAUCGCCUACGGCCAGUCCAAGUCUGCAAACUGUCUGCACGCUCUAGGCCUGAACCGCCGACUCCUCCAGAAGUUCGGCAUCCGAUCCUACGCCAUCCACCCGGGCGUCAUCUUCACGGACCUGUGGCGGCACACGGAGCAGGCGGUCCAGGACAACAUGAAAGCCGGCGCCGACGCGGGUGCCUACGAGCUGAAGAAUCUCGACCAAGGCGCCUCGACGACGCUGGAGGCGGCGCUCGAUCCGGACCUCGCCGAGCCAGAUACCGAAGGGAAUAACUAUUACCUGUCGGAUUGUCAGCUGUUGGAGCCUGCCGCUUGGUGUCAGCGCGCCGAGGGGGCAGAGAAGUUGUGGGAUCUCAGCGAGUCGAUCGUGAAGCAGAAGUUCUCCUGGUAA